CAUUGUCCCUUGUAAAUAUUUUUAAAAAGAUGGUGGCGGCAAGAACAGUGCAAUUUACGCUAAUUGCAGUGUUGACGAUUGGUUUCUUUGUAUAUUGCAUUCAAUACUUUCAACAAAAUGUGUCACCCCAAGUUCCAGCUGACUGCCAUGAUGUUGAGCGCUGGUGCCAGGGCCCAGAUAUCGCAGCAUUGUGUGGGGUUUUAGAAUAUUGCCAACUAAAAUGGAAAAAAGCUAGCUCUUACCACAAUGCAACUCCCAGCAUCCAAUCAAAAUUGCCUGCACCGGUGGAUGUGGCAGUCUAUUUUGAGUCACUUUGUCCAGACUCUAUAAAGUUCAUUAUUGAGCAAUUAUAUCCAACAUACCAAAAGCUCUAUGGCAAACACAUAUUUAAGGUUGAUCUUGUUCCAUAUGGAAAUGUCAAGGAAACAAAAAAGGGUGAUCAUUGGCAAUUUUCCUGUCAGCAUGGUGAAGAGGAAUGUCUUGGCAACAUCAUUGAGACGUGUGCAAUUCAUGAACUGCAAAAUGAAACUCAGUGGAUGCCCUUUAUCUUAUGCAUGGAGAAAAACAAAGCAACAUUACCUGCAGCAAAAAAGUGUUCUGAAGAGCAGCACUUUGACUUUGAUAUAAUUGAAAAGUGCAGAACUGGGACACUGGGAAACCAAUUGCAACAUGAGAUGGGUGUAAAAACUAACUCCUUGAAGCCAAAACAUACGUUUAUACCAUGGAUCACAAUUAACGGGAGAAGUAAAGGGAUACAGACAAAGGCAUUAUAUAACUUUUUUGAACUGAUUUGUGAAAGUUAUGAAGGGCCAAAACCAGAUGCUUGUCUAAAAUGAGGAUAAGAGUUGGUUUAAUCGUCUGCAAAUUUUCAUUUAUUUCCAGGAAAAAGUAUAUUAACGGAUAUUUAUUUUCUUCUAAUAUUUGUUGCUAUCAUUCAAUUUAUUUAUUGUUUUCAAAGCAGAAAUUUUGAUAGUAUUUUCUCCCUAAAUUUGUCAAGUUUGAGAUUUUUCAUUGCAAUUAUGUUGCCUGUU